UUUGCAGAUAAAGCUACUAGUCAGCUUCUGCUGGAAACAGACUGGGAAUCCAUCCUUCAGAUCUGUGAUAUGAUUCGCCAGGGAGAUACCCAAGCAAAAUAUGCAGUCAAUGCUAUCAAGAAGAAAGUCAAUGACAAGAAUCCGCAUGUGGCACUCUACGCAUUAGAGGUCAUGGAGUCUGUGGUUAAAAACUGUGGCCAAACAGUCCACGAUGAAGUAGCCAAUAAACAGACUAUGGAAGAACUGAAAGAAAUACUCAAGAGACAAGUGGAGACAAGUGUCCGCAGUAAGAUCCUGUACCUCAUCCAGGCCUGGGCUCAUGCCUUCCGCAAUGAGCCUAAAUACAAGGUGGUGCAGGACACCUAUCAGAUCAUGAAGGUUGAAGGUCACGUGUUCCCAGAGUUCAAAGAGAGCGAUGCCAUGUUUGCUGCAGAAAGGGCUCCAGACUGGGUAGAUGCUGAGGAGUGUCACAGGUGUCGAGUGCAGUUUGGCGUUGUGACACGGAAGCAUCACUGCCGGGCCUGCGGGCAGAUCUUCUGUGGCAAAUGUUCCUCCAAGUAUUCCACCAUUCCCAAGUUUGGGAUUGAGAAGGAAGUGAGAGUCUGUGAACCCUGUUAUGAGCAUCUCAACAAGAAAGCUGAGGGCAAAGCUGCUGCCACCUCUGAACUGCCCCCUGAGUACCUGACCAGCCCUCUCUCUCAGCAGUCCCAGCUGCCUCCAAAGCGUGACGAAACAGCUCUGCAAGAGGAGGAAGAGCUCCAGCUAGCUAUUGCCUUGUCUCAGUCAGAGGCUGAAGAGAAGGAGAGAAUGAGGCAGAAAACAACCUACUCCAUGUACCCCAAGGCUGAGCCCACACCUGUGACGUCAUCAGCCCCCCCAGUCAGCACGCUGUACUCCCCACCUGUGAAUUCAUCUGCGCCAUUGGCUGAGGACAUUGACCCUGAGCUGGCUCGGUACCUGAACCGCAACUACUGGGAGAAGAAACAAGAGGAAGUUCGCAAGAGCCCCACCCCAUCGGCACCUCUAUCCCUUACAGAGCCCACGGCUCAGCCUGGGGAGGCCCACCCCACCCCGCUCAGUGUUGUUGAGCAGCAGUACCAGAACGGUGAGUCUGAAGAGAACCACGAGCAGUUCCUGAAGGCCCUGCAGAACGCGGUCACCACCUUUGUCAACCGCAUGAAGAGCAACCAUAUGCGUGGUCGUAGCAUCACCAAUGACUCUGCAGUACUCUCCCUAUUUCAGUCCAUUAACAACAUGCACCCCCAGCUUCUGGAGCUGCUCAACCAGCUGGAUGAGCGCAGGCUGUACUAUGAAGGCCUGCAGGACAAACUGGCCCAAAUCCGGGAUGCGCGUGGGGCUCUGAACGCACUGCGGGAGGAGCACCGGGAGAAGCUGCGCCGUGCAGCAGAGGAGGCAGAGCGCCAGCGCCAGAUCCAGCUGGCCCAGAAGCUGGAGAUCAUGAGACAGAAGAAGCAGGAGUACCUGGAGAUGCAGCGUCAGUUGGCCAUCCAGCGGCUGCAGGAGCAGGAGAAGGAGAGGCAGAUGCGCCUGGAACAGCAGAAGCAGACCAUCCAAAUGAGAGCCCAGAUGCCAGCCUUCUCGCUGCCUUAUGCCCAACUCCAGGCGAUGCCAGCAGCCAGUGGGGUGAUCUACCAACCCUCUGGGCCCACCAGCUUCCCUGGCACCUUCAGCCCAGCCAGCUCAGUGGAGGGCUCUCCCAUGCACAGUGUGUACCUGAACCAGGCAGCACAAGGGGGCACAGGGCCUUAUACAGCAAUGCCUGUCACAGGGACAGAUCCCAACAUGGUGAAUGCCUAUAUGUACCCUCCGGGGGCAGGCAGUGGGCAGGUGGCUCAGCAGGGGCAAGCGGUGCCCACCACAACCCCAGCCUACUCAUCCUACCAGCCAACUCCAACGCAGGGUUACCAGAAUGCAGCAUCGCAGUCGCAGAGUAUCCCCGCCAUCUCGCAGGCACCCCAGUCGGGCACCAUGGGCUACAUGGGCAGCCAGUCGGUUUCCAUGGGGUACCAGCCAUACAGCAUGCAGGGUCUCAUGUCCACCCUGCCAGGACAGGAAGCAGCGCUGAGCAGCCUGCCGCCGCAGCAGUCCUACCUGUCUGGACAGCAGCCCAUGUAUCAACAGAUGGCACCUGCUGGAGGGCCCCCCCAGCAGCAGCAGCCCCAGCAGGCACCAGCCCAAGUGCAGCAGACACAGGGCAGUGGAGAAGCCCAGCUCAUCUCAUUCGACUGAUCUCUGCAGAAGGGAGUGGGAGGGGAUCCAAUGCAACACUAUUGUUCAUCCAGAAUCACUUCUGUACUUCAACUAGUCAUUUCUGUCCCCUCAGCUCUUCCCUGGGUAUGCCCUUGCUCCAGGGGAUAUGGGACCACAGGGUCCCAGCAUUGGCUCUGGGGACCCACCAGACCCGCCAGCAGGAGAGCAACCUUUCAUCCCGGUUCCCUCUGGCUGCUUUCCUGCCUCACCCUGGCUAAAACACUGCUAUGUCCUGGAAACUGUGCAACCCCUCAGGCACGUCAGGGACAGGCUAGGAGCUUGGCCUGCAGGGCACAGCCUGGGGGAGAGGAGAUGCAGAUCCCUAGAAGUUUGUGCAGGCAGGAUUGUGGCUAUGGAUGUGCUGAGCACCUUCCUGGCCUAGCUGUCCUCUGUCCAGGAGCUGGAGGACUUGAGGAAGGUGAGUAACACUAGCAAGACACCUAACCCUGCUUUGUGCUGUGUGGGGCAUCGCGUGCUUGUCCUAGCGCCAACUUUGCGCUGGUCUUCGGGCCAGCAGCCCUGUGCUACCCUACACUGAGUCCAGUGCUCUGCAAACACACAGCCUGUGCCCACCUUCUUCCCCACUGACCCUUCCCUGACUGUGGGAGCCCAGGCCCCAGCGUAGGACCCCCCGGCCCUCACCCUCUGUCGGAGCCGCCCCCGGCGGCACAGUCGCUCUCCCUGCCCUGCACCGUAGCCUGGGCCCUCCCCGCUUUCACCGCUCAGCUCUCGUGGUAGUGUUGGAGGAGACUGAAUGCAAACGGUGAUAAUAAAGUGUAUGGACAGA